CAAAAUGUUUGGGACACACAAGAGGAACUUUACUUUCUCACACGCAUACAGAAGUGUGCUUACGACUCAGUCCGCCAGACAGACCCUUUUUUUUCCUGGAUGUCAGUGCAGCUCCAAACCAAAGUAUGUGCUUUAAACUCCUUUAGCUCUCAAGUCCACUGGUCAAAAUUGAGAUUCUGCCAUCUCUGAAGAGAUUAGGAGCAAUGAAGUUGUUUUGUUCUGUUUAGCUGCUUAGGGAGCCAUAAGCCCAAAAAAAACCCGUAAGAGCUUAGCUGAGCUGCACUGCGCUACACAGAGGCACAGUGCUAGGAUGGGAGGAAAGAAAUCGAAGGAACCCCUAAGCAAGGACAUGAAACUUGUAGGAAGAAAGAAUGCAGCCUGUGAGGAAACCCUGACAUCAUCCGACAGGAUCCGCAAGCACGUCGUGAUGCAAUUUGGUUACAAGGUGCUCAGCUUGGCUCGACAAGGGAUGAUUGCACCUCCUGAGGAGCUAUGGGAACUCAUGGAACUGCAGAAGCUUAAUUUGUCCAUGAACUGCUUGUCUUUCUUGCCUUCCUCUGUGGCACUUCUUCAGAAUCUGGUCGUACUUAAUUUGUGGGGUAACCAGCUCACCAGUCUGCCCCCUGUGAUCGGGCAACUCAAGAACCUUAAGGUGCUCUUUGCAUACCACAACCACCUCACUGACGUCCCUGAGGAGCUAGGCUCCUGUACAAAGCUGGAGGUCUUGAGCUUGGCAAACAACGAGCUCACAAGUCUCCCAGAUAGUCUAUCUGCUCUCACAAACCUGCAGAAGCUCAACCUAAGCCACAACAAUAUUGUGUACAUCCCAGCAUGUGUCUAUGCCAUGAAAAAGCUGGUCUUCUUGCAUGUGGCCUCUAAUAGGCUGGAGAACAUUGCUGAGCAUAUCCAAGGACUGACUGAUCUGAAGAUUCUCAUUGUAGAAGAGAACUGUAUUCAUUGUCUACCCAAGAUGCUCUGCUGGCUGACCAAGUUAGAACUGCUGAAUGUGGACUAUAACGACAUUCAGAACGUUCCUGCAGAGAUGCACCAACUGAACCGGCUGAGGAAACUAGCUUCUCACCCAUUAGAUAAAGGACUCCAUAUCAUGCAUAACCCUCUUCUCAAGCCAAUUAAAGAGGUUUUAGAUGGAGGUCUUCAAGCUCUUUAUAACUAUCUUAAGGCCAACUGAAAUGCUCUGCUUUGAGAGCUUAAAAGUGCACUUCUUGUUAAUGGGGCCUGUUUUUCUUUUAGAGCCAUUUAUAUGUUUAUAAAUCCAUAACUUGCUUAAGGGUUGUGUUAGCUAAUAGAGUUUUUCUUUGCUUUAUUAAGAACACAAAAGGCAAUUAGUGCUAAUGUACGUAUUUAUAAAGAUUACUAGAUUUUGGAAAUGUCAGGUCAUGCAAAAAAAAAAAAAAGAAUGGAAACGUGCAA